UCCUGAAUAAGAACCGCAUUUCGGCUAUCAACCCUAAUCGUUACUGCAGUGCAAUACUGUAACAAAAGCCAGGUUCAUACUCCAGGAAGUGACAUCAUUUUUGUAGGAUAACAACAGCACCAGCAUCAGUAAGUCAAGGCAUCAUGCUGGAUGAGGUGGUUGUGAACGAUCAGUCGUCGAUAGACACAGAGGAGUCGAUGCCAUGUUUCCAGACUCCGGGCCCCACUGUCACCUUCCAUCAAAUCCGUUACCGUGUCAAAGAACGAUUAGGAAUGUUUAGUAGGGAGUGGGUUGUAAAGGACAUCCUCAAAGAUGUCAGUGGUAUCAUAAACCCCGGAAUGAAUGCUAUAAUGGGCCCUACUGGAAGUGGAAAGACAUCGCUUCUGGAUGUGAUUGCAGGACGGAAAGAUCCUAAAGGCUUAAAAUCAGGUCAAGUUCUAGUUGACAACGCCAUCGUGACCUCUGACCUCAGGCUCUGCUCUGCAUAUGUAGUUCAGAAUGACAUUCUGAUGGGUACUCUGACCGUAAGAGAAAACUUGGCCUUCUCUGCCAAUCUUCGUUUGUCACGAAAUGAGUAUUCCUCAUCCGACAAAGAGAAGAGGGUCGAUUCCGUCAUCCAGGAGCUCGGCCUGAAAGACUGCGCAGACACUAAGAUUGGGACGAUGUUUUUGCGGGGUGUUUCUGGUGGAGAGAAGAAGAGGUGCAGCAUCGGUAUGGAGCUCAUCACCUCCCCCUCUCUCCUGUACCUGGAUGAGCCCACCACAGGCCUGGACGCCAACACUGCCAACUCCAUCAUGGAACUACUACAGAAGAUCUCCAAAAAGGGUAAGACCGUCAUCUUCUCCAUUCACCAGCCACGCUACUCCAUCUUCAGCCAGUUUGACCACCUCACCCUCAUGAAUAAAGGAGAAAUCAUCUACGCAGGGGCCGCCGACAAAGCCAUUACUUACUUUGAGGACUUGGGCUACAAGUGUGAGCCAUUCAACAACCCGGCAGACUUCUUCCUGGAUGUCAUAAAUGGAACUGUCCUUCCUCAAAUUCACAACAAUAAAUCAGAAAAGUGCAGCAGCAGUGAGGAGACUGUGGAAAACGAGAACCCUCUGGCAGUAAUUUACAGACAGUCCACUCAUUUCAUCAAAGUGAAAGAACAACUCAGUCAGAUUUCAGAUGGGCUUGACCCUGAGGUCACUAAAGGUGACCGGGUCGGUUACGCCACACCUUUCUAUUACCAGCUCCUUUUAGUGAGUGGCCGCACUGUAAGAAACAUCUUGAGGAAUCCUCAGACGUCCUACGCUCAACUGUUCCUCAACAUUUUCUUUGGUAUUUUAGUGGGACUGAUAUACUACCAGAUCCCACACACUUUACCAGAGGCUCUUCAGAACAGAACGGGAGCUUUCUUUUUUCUGGUCAUCAACAUGGUGUUUGGCAACCUGUCUGCGGUGGAGCUCUUCAUCAGCGAGAGAGUGCUCUUCAUCCAUGAGAACUCGAGUGGUUUCUACCGCACCUCUGUCUACUUCCUGUCUAAAGUGUUUGCUGACCUCUUUCCAAACCGCAUCCUCCCCGUCUUCAUCUUUUCUGCCAUCCCGUACUUCAUGAUGGGUCUGAAGCCUGACGUGGAGGCGUUCUUCCUGUACUGUUUGACCAUGAGCAUGGUCAGUCUGUCAGCGGUGAGCUUGGCCUUCUUGGUCAGUGCCAGCGUGGGCUCCUUCGCCAUGGCUAACAUCCUCAUCGCACUACCAUAUGUCUUUAUGAUGGUGUUUGGGGGUUUCCUGGUGAACCUGAAUUCGAUGCUGAGCUGGAUGUCCUGGCUGAAAUGGGCCAGUAUUUUCCGAUAUGGCUACAAUGCACUUGCCAUCAAUGAACUAAAAGAUCAAGUCUUCACCAGUGACUACACCAGGAUGACAGGAGACAUGUACCUGGAUCAUCAAGAGAUCGACCACAGCGCUUGGGGUUUUUGGCAGAACCAGGUAGCUCUGACAGGCAUUAUGAGCACGUGUCUGAUUCUGGCGUACGUGCAGCUGCGUCGGAUCAAUCGCUGGAAGUGAUGGAAUGACACUGGUUGUGUGUGUUUUUUUAUUCUGAACCCUGUAAUCAGGAAAUUAUACUUUUCAGCUUGUCAACCAUAAAGACUGAAAUGUCAGCCUUACACAGUGUCCACUUAACUCACUACCUCGUAUCUUCUACCUCUGAAACUACCCGUGGCAUGAAGUAUAAAAUUAUAUGAAUAUUUGUACAUUUUUAAUUUGUUGCGAACUGAAUACAGAUGCUGUGAACCUGAAAAAGGAUAUUACGAUUUUACGCCUUACAUGUGCUUUUAUUUGUUUGGUAAAUUAUUUAAAGCCAAAUUGUAUCGUUUUCAUCUUUUUGAAACAUGCUGCAUCUAUUGGCAAGGUUUAUUAAUUACUAAAACUAUUAGUAAAAACCUUAGAUACA